AUGUUACAUUGGCAUUUAUUGUUGUUUGCCAUAUUUGCAAACACUAUUUUGUGUGUUGAAUCGGAACAUCAGAAUAGUGGAACUAUUCUUGGCUGCUCGCCUGACAAGAACUCAUUAAAUGGGGGUUUUGAAGUCACCUACUAUCAUUAUCCCAUGGUUCCAAUUUCCGGGACGGACUGCUAUAAUUGGGAUCCUACAUAUGCUACCAAAAAGUACCAACAGGGUGGAUAUGUAGACUUUGGUGGUGGAGAAAUUGCCAGAAGCAGUGGAGUUACAGAUCUCUCAUUUAUGGCAAGUUACGAUGAUUCAUGUUAUAAGCCAAAGAAAACAAAACUACCAUCAAAUUUUAAUUAUGACAGAGAAAUCACAACUACAAACUUCUCAAUGCUGAUUACUGGUUACUUUUAUGCUCCCAAAACUGGUAGCUAUGAAUUUAUUCUUAAUUAUAUCGAUGAUCUUGCUUAUAUGAAUAUUGGUGCAGGAAGAGCCUUUCAAUGCUGUGAGAAGCAAAGCUCAGUUUCAAAACCAGGAGCGUUUGAUCUUUCAGUAAUGUGGCCACAAACAUAUAAUACAGCUACUGUUACCUUAUUAGGUGGAUACUAUUACCCUAUGAGAAUAUUCUUCGUAAAUAGGCAAGGGCCUGCUGGUUUGAGUGUGUCUUUUAAGGAUGCUGACGGCAAAGUACAUGAAACAUUCGACGGAUAUAUAUACAAUGUACAAGAUGGAAAUGCAUGUCCCGUCCCUGUAGUCACAACAACUGUUCCCUGGACUGGUACAGCAACAAGUACUUUUACAACCUUAAACACAGUUAAAGAUAACAAUGGAAAUCCUUCAACAAGAAACAUUAUUGUUGUUGAAACUCCAGAUGCUCGAACUGCCACAACAGUCUUUACUCCAUGGACUGGUACUACUACAGCAACUAUUUCAACUGAUAUUACUGUCACCACCGGCCCUGAUGGUUCUCCAACAGUGAAGACCAUUUACCACGUUGAAACCCCAGAGGUUCAACAAAAGACCACCGUCUUCACUCCAUGGACCGGCACUACUACUGCUACAAUUGCAACGGUUUUGUCAACAACUACUGGUGCUGACGGUAUCGAAACUGUGAAGACGAUCUACCAUGUUGAAACCCCAGAAGUUCAACAAAAGACUACUGUAUUCACUCCAUGGACUGGAACGACCACUGCUACAAUUGCAACGGUUUUGUCUACUACCACCGGUGCUGACGGUAUCGAAACUGUGAAGACGAUCUAUCAUGUUGAAACCCCAGAGGUUCAACAGAAGACGACCAUCUUCACUCCAUGGACUGGUACUACUACUGGAACCAUCGCUACUGUGUUGUCUACUACCACCGGUGCCGAUGGUAUCGAAACAGUGAAGACUAUUUACCAUGUUGAAACCCCAGAAGUUCAACAAAAGACUACUGUAUUCACUCCAUGGACCGGUACUACUACUGCCACUAUUGCCACUGAGUUGUCUACUACCACCGGUGCUGACGGUAUCGAAACUGUGAAGACUAUUUACCAUGUUGAAACCCCAGAGGUCCAACAGAAGACGACCAUCUUCACUCCAUGGACCGGAACGACCACUGCUACAAUUGCAACGGUUUUGUCUACUACCACCGGUGCCGAUGGUAUCGAAACUGUGAAGACUAUUUACCAUGUUGAAACCCCAGAGGUCCAACAGAAGACGACCAUCUUCACUCCAUGGACCGGAACGACCACUGCUACAAUUGCAACGGUUUUGUCUACUACCACCGGUGCUGACGGUAUCGAAACUGUGAAGACGAUCUACCAUGUUGAAACCCCAGAGGUCCAACAGAAGACGACCAUCUUUACUCCAUGGACUGGAACGACCACCGGAACCAUCGCUACUGAGUUGUCAACAACUACUGGUGCUGACGGUAUCGAAACUGUGAAGACGAUCUACCAUGUUGAAACUCCAGAAGUUCAACAAAAGACGACCAUCUUCACUCCAUGGACCGGUACUACUACUGGAACCAUCGCUACUGUGUUGUCUACUACCACCGGUGCCGAUGGUAUCGAAACUGUGAAGACGAUCUACCAUGUUGAAACUCCAGAAGUUCAACAGAAGACGACCAUCUUUACUCCAUGGACUGGAACGACCACCGGAACCAUCGCUACUGUGUUGUCAACAACUACUGGUGCUGAUGGUAUCGAAACUGUGAAGACUAUUUACCAUGUUGAAACCCCAGAAGUUCAACAAAAGACUACUGUAUUCACUCCAUGGACCGGUACUACUACUGCCACUAUUGCCACUGAGUUGUCUACUACCACCGGUGCCGAUGGUAUCGAAACUGUGAAGACGAUCUACCAUGUUGAAACUCCAGAAGUUCAACAGAAGACGACCAUCUUUACUCCAUGGACUGGAACGACCACCGGAACCAUCGCUACUGAGUUGUCAACAACUACUGGUGCUGACGGUAUCGAAACUGUGAAGACGAUCUACCAUGUUGAAACUCCAGAAGUUCAACAAAAGACGACCAUCUUCACGCCAUGGACCGGUACUGUCACUGCAACCAUCGCUACCGAUUUGUCUACCAUUACUGGCGCCAAUGGUAUUGAAACUGUGAAAACGAUCUACCACGUCCAGACCCCAGAGGUUGAAGUUGCUACUACAGUCUUCACGCCAUGGACCGGUACUGUCACUGCAACCGUCGCUACUGAUAUCUCUACCAGUACUGGCGCAAACGGCAUUGAAACAGUGGUAACCAUUUAUCAUGUCCAGACCCCAGAGGUUGAAAUUGCCACCACAGUGUUUACUCCAUGGACUGGUAGGUUUACGUCUACUUAUUCAACCAGAGUAACUUCUAUAGUAGCAUCAAAUGAAGAACCACAAGUCAAUAUAAUAUAUUAUGUGGAAACGCCAGUUAUUAGUGCGUCAGCCUUCCGUUAUUCUAACUCAUCUAGCGUGGUAGGCUCCACUAUUCCAAGCAAAUCAUCCCCAUUAACUUUUACACCGGGAAUAGUCCAGACAGGAACUUCCACGAAGUUUGAGGACAGAAUUCCUUCGAGCUCGGCUGGCAUGUCUAUGGAAUCCGAAUAUUCAACUUAUUCGUUCGAUUUGUCUUCUCAAACCACUGAAGAAGACCAGCAGAUCACUACAACUGUCUCACUACAACCUUCGAAUACAUAUGCUUCUACAGGCUUUGGGAGCUCAUCUCAAACGGACUCAUCUACAAACUCUAUUGGCAGCUUCACCUUGACUUCAUCUACUAUAGCUGAAUCAUCACUAACUGCUUAUUCAGUUGAUUCUUCUACUUUAACUGAUGUAAAAAGCGAGUCACCAGAAAUAUCCGAAGCCCAAACAUCCACAAGCAAUUAUUCUUCAACGGAUUCAACUAUCACUCUGCCAGGAACAACAGCUUUUAUGGAAUACACGAUAAGCACUGUUGUUACUACAAUUUCUGGAAUAGCAACCACAUAUACCACAUAUUGUCCGUUAAGUUCAAGCUCUACCUCAACUGUGGCUGAAACUGAUAUAAUAACCUCAUUAGCACCAUCUUACAGUCCAAACCUAGACCAAUAUUCCCAACCUACUGAGAAUUCAAGUAGCCAGCCAUCCCAGUUGCAAGAAUCUAGUGUUUUGUCCCUGAUGACCAAUAGUAUUACCCCAGAAAUGUCAUUGACAAAUAGCUUGCAGGCAACCCCCACUACUUCUAUCUCUGUUCAAUCUUCCGAUUCGUUUACUGGAAAAGAGAACGUAUCAAAACAUACUGGUUAUGAACAAGGUAAUACAUCAACGAUCAUACUGCCAUCCGCGUCUACAUUAUCCAGCAUAGCAUCUAGAUCACAUGUCACUCUUGCUUCUAUCGGAGGAUUCUCAUCUGACGUACAACAGACGAUGUACGAAGGCAAGUCAAAUAAGCUACUCGUAUCUCCAUUAAUUGCGGUGGUACUAGCUCUUCUGUAA